AAGGACAUUUUUAGGGUGGGGAUAAGUGAGCCGAUCUCCUCCUUGAUGCCUGGUGGUCGCAGUUCCCUCAGCCUGGCUCAAUAUAUUGACCUCGCCCUACAGAUCAUUGGUUCCACGUUCACUGUGGGGGAGGCGGAUGCUGAGCCAGAGUUCCACGUCAUGGCCGCCGCCGAGCCAGAGUUCCACGUCAUGGCCGCCGCCGAGCCAGAGUUCCACGUCAUGGCCGCCGCCGAGCCAGAGUUCCACGUCAUGGCCUUCGCCGAGCCAGAGUUCCACGUCAUGGCCUUCGCCGAGCCAGAGUUCCAUGACAUGGCCGCCGCCGAGCCAGAGUGCCACGUCAUGGCCGCCAAGCCAGAGUUUCUCUUCAUGGUCGCUGAGCUAUCACCAUCUUUUGCUCCAUUCCAUGUCACAGCAACGCCUCAGCCUGCUCCAUGCCACGUCACAGCAACACCUCAGCCUGCUCCAUGCCAUGUCACAGCAACGCCUCAGUCUGCUCCAUGCCACGUCACAGCCACACCUGAGCAGUUGGACCUGGAGAUGGUUCCCACCCUUAUACCCACCCUUAGUUCUCCUGAGCAGGCAAGAGGAACUUUCGGCCCUCCGACCCCGCCUGGACCCUCCGAGCCCUGGAUUUCGCCUUGGCCUGUCGGUCCCUCGACAUUGCCUCAGCUCUGCGUUCCCUCGGCUCCACUGUGGUCAUUCAGCCUGUCGGCUUUGCCGGGGUCCCUCGUCCCUCCGGCUCCUUCUUGGUCUGUCGGUCACCUGGCUCUGCCUUGGCUCUCCGAUCCUCUGGCUGCACCUCAUCCCUCCGAUCUGUCAGCUUCACUGGGGACCUCCUUCCCUAUGGCUCCACCUUGGUCCUCAGUCCCACCGGCUCCACCUCAGUCUUUCGAUCCCCCAACUCUGCCUUGCUCCUCCGAGCAUCCAGCACCGCCUUGGUCCUCCCUGCCAUCGGCUUCACCCUGGCCCUUCGAGUCUUCGGCUACUCUCCGGGCACCAAGUUCCAUGGCUCCGCUCCUCGAGCCUCUCACGGCUCCAUCUUCCAUGGCCCCGCCCUUCAAGCCUCUCAUGGCUCCACCCCCCAUGGACUCUACCCUGGUCCCAUGCCCCUCGCCCUUUCUCGCCACGCCAUGCCCCACACCUCAAGACACCGCCCCCAACAGCUCCCUACAGAACUUUGAAUUUAUGUCAUGUUUUACGUGUUUUGUUUAUGUGUUGGAGCGUCGGGAGCCGCCCCUUAGUGGGGGGGAUAUGUCAUGUGAAUUUUGUUGAUUCAUGUUUUAUUUUGAAAUGUUUAGUUCCUGUUUCCCUUGUCAUGUGAUUUCAUGUUCUCCCUCCAUGUUCAUGUGUCAUGUUUUCAUUGGUUUAUUGUUUAAUUAUCUUGUUAGAGUUCUGUUUGUUCAUUGGUUUAUGUUCUCCCAUGUCUUGUAUUUAAGCCCUCAUGUUUGCAUUGUCUGGUUGUCAAGUAUUGAAUGUAACUUUGUAGUCAUGUUUAAGUCAAGUUAUGUCAUGUUGUGUUUAAGUCAAGUCUAGUUCAUGUUUAUAUUUAGUUCACGUUUAUAUUUAGGGUUUUUGGAUUACUGCACUUUGUAAAUAAACUGC